GAACGUUUGGGUGCAUAAUAUAUAAGGUUGGUGGGUUCAGAGAGGAAUCAGUAUCGUCAAAUAGCUCAAAAGUGCAAUAGUCAAGAUGCUUGCAAAGAUCCUUCUAGCAUGUGCUUUCGUAGCUUAUGUACAAGCUGGAUACAUAGGAAAUGUUGGACAUGGAGAAGCCACAUCAUACGCAAAUGCUGAAGCAGCAUCGUAUCACGCUGCUCCUAUUGCUGUAGCUGCUGCUCCAGUGGCUGUAGCUGCUCAUUCCGUUGCUGUAGAAAAAUCUGUAGACUACCACGCUUACCCCAAAUAUGAAUUCAACUACGGUGUAGGUGAUGGACACACCGGUGACCACAAGUCCCAAAAAGAAGAACGUGAUGGUGACGUAGUCAAGGGUUCUUACUCCUUAGUUGAACCUGACGGUACCAUCAGAACAGUCCAUUACACAGCCGAUGACCACAACGGAUUCAACGCUAUUGUAACCAGAUCUGGCCAUGCUAUCCACCCACAACAAAUCAAAACAGUUAUUGCUGAACCUGCUAUUGAGCAUGGAAGUUACGAUGGACACGGCUAUGGACAUUAGAUCUCUUAGGAAUUUGUUAGUUUGUUUUGUAUGAGUUAGUUGAAGAUAUGUACCUCAUCUUUUUAUCGUUCAUUUAUAUUUGUUCACUUAUCAUUCUCAAUGUGUAUAUGCCAUACUAUUAGUAUUUAUUUUUAUUAUUAAAAUAUCUGUGAGAAAUAUG